AUGGAGGACAGUCGAGAUGAAGUUAUAAACUCGGACGAUCUCUUGACUGAAGAUUCUGCUGAUGAAUUAAAGGACUUGGUGAAAGAAUUUGAAGCUAAAUAUGAAGCAUUGAAGCAACAGAAGGAGCUAAACAAGCAAAAGAAACAAGACAAGGUCAAUAGAACAGAAGUUCCAAAAUCACCUCCACCUAAACCCACUAAUCACACUCUUGUUGCUCCCCCUAUUCCCAAAAUGACUCCUCGUAUUGAAACAGUUGUCAUUGAACUGAAACCCAAAGAAAAAGCAAAGUCCAACUUCUUGAACAAGUUAUAUGAUGCUAAUUUCCAAGUGCAACUUCGUCAGAUAGACUACGAUAAGAGAAGGUUCGAAUUUGCCUUGUCAGAAUUUAAGUCUGAAGCAUUUGAUGUUGACGAAAAGGAACCAAUUACAGGUCAUUUCCUUCGGAAACGAUUCAUAUCGGCAAACCAGUUCCAAGAACUUAUUAAAGCAACUGACCCCGAGAUGAAAUUUCUUAAGAUAGAUAAACUUUUAGCAAAAGUCAACAAAGCAAACAAUUUUGCAGAACCGGUAUAUACUAACUGGUGCUUGGUUGGAAUGGUACUAGCCAAAUCAGAGCCCAAAAUGACAAAGAUAAACACGAAAUAUAUGAAAUUAAAAGUAGGUAAUUUUCAUCACUCGGUGGAUUUAAUGCUUUUCGAACAAGCAUUUGAGAAGAAUUGGAAAAUUCAACCUGGGAACUUGAUUGCCGUGCUUAAUCCAAUUGUAAGCAAGUAUGAGAUUGAAAAAAAAUUCGGGUUUAAUUUAAAAUUAGACAACAGUAAUGUUUCCAGUAUUGUUGAAAUUGGAGCAUUACGGGAUUUUGGGUAUUGUAAAUUUGUCAAACCUCCUAAUAUUAAAUGUCAGAAUGUGAUUAAUCCAAAAGAGGCAGAAUUGUGUGAUAUUCAUCUCGAUAUGAAGUAUAAGCAUAGUGGAAGAAUGGAAUUAAAUGGUGCUGUGCAAAUGAGAUCCCCCAAGAAAUUUAAGAAAACCAACGAAAGUGGUAGUUACUUUAGAGACUAUAAUGAAGAUACGGUUAUAACUUCGGGUGGGGCGGCUCCAGAUUUUAAACGAUUCCAAGAUCCAAAAGUUCUACAAACUCAAAAUAAGAGAAGAAAACUUCUUGACCAGAGAGCAAAUGAAAAGUUGGAAAAGAAGCUAAGUAAAUUAUCGUCAAAUUCUUCAUUAAACAAUCUCAACUUAAUCAAAGGUGAUAACAUAAUUCCAAAACCUUUGGAAAAGGUAAGAACCCAGGGAUUUCCCAAUUCAAUGAUCUCGCAGAUUGGAUAUGAUCCAACAUCUACUCCGAAUGAUUUGAAAACACCUGCUCAGAGAAUGAAAGAAAACUCAAGACUUCAAGAGUUAUACGAAUUAAGUAUGAAAAACUCCAAAUCCAAGUCAUUGACGACCUCAAAACAAGACCAACAACUUAAAGUUGAUAAGUGGAAAUCUAACAUUAAAAGUUUAAAAGACUAUGACAAGAAGGUUGUAUCUAAGCCGUUAAAUUUAUCACAACCUUUAACUGGUUUAACUAAGGGUAGGCCCAACAUGGUUCAUGUAAAGAACAAGCACAAUCGUGUAGUGUUGGAUGAUGACGAUGAUGAUGUCGAUGAUGAUGAUGAUGAUAUAGACAUCCAAUUUGGAAAUGACAAAAUAAAGAACCAAUAUUUAAAGUUGGUAGAAAACAGAAAGGCGUAG